UGGAGGGUUGGUGUCUGCCAUUGUUAUGUGAACCUGAGGCUGAAGUCCAGCUGUGACUGGGCAGGAGACACUGUGUGAAUGGACAUGCAAUUCAGUGAACUCUGAAUCUGAACUAAGCACUCAGCAGCGUUGUUUGUAUCUGAGUGUUUUUCAUUCAGUCAGUGUGGAGUAAAACAAUAGAAACGUGAGAGAAGAUUUGGGUACAGAAAACAUAUUUUCACCCUCUGUCACCUCAUACAGGUGACUGUACUGAAGCAGGGGAAGGUCAAGAAUGAAGUGUUUGAAAUGCAGACUGCUAGUAGGGCUCCUCCUGCUGCUUAGGCUGGCUGGAGUUGACAUGGAGCAUCUCCAAGCGGAGAACCUGAAUCUCCUUCCCCCAGAUGAGCACAACUUGGUCCUGAAUCGUGGAAUGAAAGUGCUGCCCAGAGACUGCCAUGAAAUGCUGAUGACCUCUUCAGGCCAGGCCAGAGAUGGCGUGUACCUGAUCCAACCAGGUGACUCCCCUAUAGUGGCUUACUGUGCCAUGCAGGAGGGCGGAUGGACAGUUGUGCAGCAUAUUACCGUCAACAGCAGUGUGAAUUUCGACCGUACCUGGGUUGAAUACAAGCAUGGGUUUGGGGGUGUCACUGAUGAUCACUGGCUUGGGAAUGAAUACCUCCAUCAGCUCACCCGUGGCCCUGGGCGCUACAAACUGGGAAUAAAACUAGUAGAUCGAGAUGCCAUCACCAAGAUGGGGGAGUAUGACCCUUUUCUGGUGGAGGAUGAAGCCUCAGCAUACAGGCUGAGGCUGGGGUUGUUCCAGGGCACUGCCAUUGAUGCCCUAACCCUGGACACAGAGAACUAUCUACAUGACAACCAAAAAUUCACAACUAAAGACAGAGACAAUGACAACUACUUCCAGAAUUGCGCCAAGCUGGAGUUCCAGGGGGUGGCAGGAGGUGGCUGGUGGUAUGAUGCCUGCGCUGGCGCCAAUCUGAACCGCAGGAAUGUCAUCUACUGGCAAAAGGACUGCAACAAGGAGCGACUGUGCAAGUAUGCAUGGAUGAUGGUGAGACCUUCAGACACCGUGAAACUGGUUCCCAGUAGAGACUGCAAAAAGGAUGAGCUAUGAGGACAGCAUCUUUGAGGACCUGUGAUACUAUGUGACAUAGGGCUACUAUUCAGGGCCAAGAAUUUAAGAUUUUUUUAGGUUAUCGAUCCAGCAAAUACUACAGUGCAUGAUGUCAAAUAUAUACUCCUCAUAGUCUUUGUGCUUUACAUUCAAUUCACCACAUUUUAUUCAGAAAUCCAUGGACAUGAUCACAAAAUACUGAAGAUAACAAACAAAAAAAUCACAAACUUGAAACAGUGUAAAAAUGUGGUACACACUAGCUCUAGCUUUGUUUCAGUCAGUAUACUUGAAGCAAAAGGUCUCUUUCAUUUCCCAGAUUGCAAGUGCAGAUUUCAGGUUUAUCACAGUUACAAAGUGUUUCAUGACAUUAUAGCUUAUGACACAUGGAAAAUAUCUCCCAUCCAAUGCUCACAGAAUUUCAAAACAAACAUUUCACAAACAAUCAAUCAACUUUGCCACGGUACAUUACAAGUUUGCAGAAAUACAGUGAAGAUAUGACGGCAUAUUGAUUUAGCUACAGCAAUUCAGAGAAAACAAAUACUGUAUUUCAAUGCUCAAAGAAAAAGAGAAUGUCCUGAGUAUGGAAAGUUAUAAACAGAUUAUAAUAAACAAUGUGUGCUUGUAAAUAAUCCACGGCAUUCCCCUUGUAAACACAGACAUUGUUUAGCAAGUUUAUCAUAUUGUGUAAGUAAAAUGACUACCAUGUCCUUCAGUUUGUAUUUGAACCCUUAAAAAGGAGGUUUUAUUGUGGUUGAUUUAUUAAUGCCAGUAAUAUAAUUAAUGUAUCAUAACUUUUUACUGUGACAUUUAGCAGCACAGAAAUGGCAGGACAAAAUGUAUGUGAAAAUACUUAAACUGAAUUUAUGUCUAUUAAUCUGACAAAUGGCAAUGGCACAUGUGAAAAGGCUUUGAUUAUCAUUAAGUUACAAUCUUGACAAGAUUCUGACAUCAGGACGACACUUACUGUAUUAGCCCUUUUAAAAUGAAAUAGCAGUUCCGAAAUGUGCAUCCACAACACAAACACAAUAAAACCUAUCUGUACAUGUUAUGACUAUUUGUGAGUAAGAGCAUCGACCUCAGAGGGACACUGGCAUGUUGUCAUACUUUUAAGCUAAUAUACAGCGUAAAUUGUUAGAUUGGAACAACUUUAUCAUGAUCUCCAGAUAUCAAAAUGUGCAUCUUGAAUACAAACACAGUACAAUAUGAAAUAAUCUGUAUAUUAAUCUAUGGCAUUUUGUACAUUAGAGUAUCAACUCUGGGGAAAAUGCUAGCAUUUCUUAUGUUUUAGAGUAUAGUGUGACUAAUUAUAUUGGGACAAUUUUUUGAUGCUCCUCCUUUUCUGUAGUUUGAGCAGUCAUUAAUAUACAAUAAAGCAGACCUACUGAUUCAUGAGGGCUCUAUUUAAAUUGUACCAACUGC